GGUGCAGUUUCGCAAAUGAGUGUGGUAUUUUUGUUUAAGUUUAAUAAACAGAUUAAACACUCGACGUCAAACAGGCGCCAGUGUUUUGGACAGCUCUGAUUGGCUAGUUCUAGUUUCCGGCUUCAGCGCACUUCAUUUGAAAUUUGUCCGGUGAAAGAAAGGCCCAACCGCCAUUGUUAAAACACGGUUUUCGUGAUGUCGUUAACAGUAAACCCCGGAGAAUAACAUACAGAGGGGAGCAAACCGAAGCGUUUGUAUUUUAAAUCCGUUGUAAAACAGACAUGGCCCAGCGUGUUGCGGUGUCGGACGGGGGAGGCAGGAAGACCUCCAGGGUCCGGGUGGCAGUCCGUCUCCGGCCCUACAUGGACAAGCAGGACGAGAAAGGCGAGGGGCCCUGUGUCAGAGGCCUCGACUCCCAGAACCUGGAGAUAAUCAACUGGAGGAACGCCACGGAAACAGUCAAAUACCAUUUUGAUGCUUUCCAUGGUGAACAAACUACACAGCAAGAAGUUUUCCUCUCAUCUGUGAAGCCCAUUCUGUCCCACAUACUGAACGGACAGAAUGCCAGCGUCUUUGCCUAUGGACCCACAGGAGCUGGUAAGACCCACACCAUGUUGGGCAGUCCAGAGCAGCCGGGGGUGAUUCCCCGGGCCGUUCGUGAGGUCUUCAACUUGGUCAAGACUAAGGACGAUGGAUGGGACUACAGCGUUGGCAUGUCUUACUUGGAAAUCUAUAAUGAGAAGGUGCUAGAUCUGCUAUCGCCGGGCUCUCAGGACCUUCCCAUCCGAGAGGACAAGGACAAGAACAUUCUUAUUCCAGGACUCACAGAAACGCCGCUCUCCUCUUUCUCUGAUUUCGACAGACAUUUUAUCCCUGCUAGCCUCAAUCGCACCACUGCCUCCACCAAGCUGAACCAGCGCUCCAGUCGCAGUCAUGCCAUCCUCCUCAUCAAGGUGGUGCGGACCCAGCUCGCUUUGCCCCACCGCCAGCAGACCGGCAAGCUGUACCUGGUCGAUCUGGCCGGGUCUGAGGACAAUCGGCGCACAGGCAACCAAGGCAUCCGUCUGAAGGAAAGCGGUGCCAUCAACCUGUCUCUUUUCACCCUCAGCAAAGUGGUGGAUUCUCUUAACACUGGUGUCGGUGUUCGCGUGCCAUACAGAGACAGUAAGCUGACACGGCUGCUGCAGGACUCUCUUGGCGGCUCAGCGCACUCGGUCAUGAUCACCAACAUUGCGCCCGAGUACAAGUACUACUUUGAUACCUUCAGUGCACUCAACUUCGCUGCAAAGUCCAAGCUCAUCGUUAACAAGCCCUUCGUCCGUGAAACGGUGACUGUGCCUGCACUGCAAGUGAAGCGGCCCAGAGAGGACCAGACAGGGGAGUCUGCCGCUGAGCCCCAGAAGAAGAGGCAAAAAGAUGUGAAAAAAACAGAGCAGGAAGCUGCCUCACCCCCAGCACACCCACACAGUCCGUCAGAGCUGUCAGUGAUGGACAGGCUCCUAGCUCUGGAGAAGCUGAUGAUGAGCUGCCAGGAGAAAGAUAGACUCAAUAUGCUGAAACAUGUGGCCCAGUCUCGCAAAGAGAUACAGGAACUCAAAGAGAAGCAGAGGGAGUUUGAAAGCAAGGCCAUGCUACUCAAUCGGCUGGCAAGUGAUGGUGUGAUGGGAGAAUCGUCCAGUGCCAGCAAAGAGCCCAUCUUCAAGAAUAACAAUGCUCCUCUGCAAAGGAAGCAGCCCAACAUCAACAAACCCAAAAAACAGCAAGCUGUGGUUCAACCCCUACAGGUGUCCCAGCUCCAGCCUCUUCAGCAGAUUGCAGUUGUCAAAAAACAAUCGGUCUGUGUCAAGAAGAAAGAGAAGAAGCUUUCAGACCAGUUUGAGGAGCCAGAGGGCAAAGAAAACAUCAAGGUGAAUGGUUGGGAGUCCCAGCUUGACACAUCGGUGCUGGAGCAGUCCAGACAGACCAUCCUGCGAAUUCUCAACACAGGCUCCCUCAAGGAGCUGAAGGAGCUGCAGCAGAUCGGCGACAAGAAGGCCAAACUUAUCCUGGGCUGGAGGGAAAUCCAUGGGCAUUUCACAAAGGUGGAAGAUCUGACUAAAAUUGAGGGUAUGACAGAAAAAAGGUUUUCUUCCUUCAUGAAGGCAAACAUUCUGAGUGCCAUGGGGAAGUGAUUUUUUUUUCCUUCAGUUUUUCUCUUUUACACAAAUCACAUUUAUGAGCAACUUUUUAAUGUAAAUAUCUUGUUUAUUAUCUUCGAAAGCUUUUAUUUGCUACUACGUUUGUGGUGUUUUUGUAGUUACGGCUUUGUCCCACCUGAUGGCGUAAUAUUGCUUUUUUUUAAAUAAACAUCUCCUGCUCAAUGUG